CCCACUGAGGAAGAAGUGCUCUAGUGUUGCUCCAUUGUGUGGGGCAGUGUGGUCACUGAGAGGAGCAGAUGUUGGCUGUGGAAGGGGACGGCAAUCCCAAUCUAGAUCUGGACCAGUAGCCGUCCUGUCAUCUGGAUUUAAUGGAUUUGGGGACCAGGUCCAGGACUCUGCCUCAGCCCUUGCUGCUGCUCUUCCUGAACUUCCUGCACCCCAACCUCCUUGAGUCAACGUGGAAGAAGAUUGUGAGACCAAACACAGGCAGGAUGAGGAAGCAAAGAGGUCUCAGAAAGCAGAAGUGGGCCCUGGAGACUGGACCCUCCGUGAGAAGGCUUGAAAUUAUCUCCCCUCAGGAGCCCGGCAUUGCUGUGGGUGACGUCUGUGUUGCAGACAUGACCCCAGGGAAUGGGAGGCUGUGGCUGCCUGCAGCACUGCUCCUUCUGCAGGUCCCAGGUUGUUGGUCUCUGCAUGGCCCCACCUCCGUGACGGGCACCGUCGGGGGAUCCCUGAGCGUGCAGUGUCAGUACGAGGAGAAAUUCAAAGAGAAUGUCAAGUACUGGUGCAAGACCCCAUGUAUGGAGGAUAUUAUGAAGACUGAAGAGGCAGACAAAGAAGUGAGGAGUGGCCGUGUGUCCAUCAGGGACCAUCCUGCAAACCUCACCUUCACAGUGACCUUGGAGAACCUCACAGAAGGUGAUGGAGGAACAUAUCGGUGUGGGAUUGAUACGUCAUGGCUCCCAGAAUAUUUGCUCGACCUCACCUUCCGAGUUGUGUUGUCUGUGACCCCAGGUUCUUUGUCUCUGAGUGGCCCCAGCACUGUGAUGGGCACCGUGGGGGGAUCCCUGAGCGUGCAGUGUCAGUACGAGGAGAAGUACAAGACAUAUACCAAAUACUGGUGCCGACAACCAUGCUUGCCACCUUGGAACCAGACUGUGGCCACCAGAAGGUCUGAGGAAAAGAUGAGGAGUGGCCGCGUGUCCAUUGUGGACCAUGCUGAAGACCUCACCUUCACAGUGACCUUGGAGAACCUCACUGCAGAUGAUGCAGGAAAAUACAGGUGUGGGAUCGCAACGAUACUGCAAGAAGAAGGACUCCAUGGUUUCCUGCCUGACCUUUUCUUCCAGGUUCAUGUGUUUGUUUCCCCCAGGUCCCAGGUUGUCAGCAUCCACUUCCUGCUUCUCAUACUCCUGAAGGUGCCCCUGUUUCUGAUGAUGCUCAGUGUCAUCCUCUGGGUCAACAGAUCUCAAUGGGCAAUUUGUGGGACACAGAGUCAGCCUGAUGAAGACAACAUGCAGCCCUACUUGUCCAUCGACAUCCUGUCCAGAGACACUGCCACUCACACUAGAAGUGGAAGGACUUCUGGCCCCAAGCCUUCUAUCUCUUCUCACCUUGUUCCCCAAAACUGGUAAAUUUAAGAAAAGCUUGAGAAAAUGCAAUAAAAUAUGCCACACGCACAUACACACAAUUGUGUGUAUAACAUA